AUGGCAGAGAUAGACCCAAAAACUCAUUCAUCUAUGGAUAUUAGGGCAAUUAUCUUAAUUAGUAUAUUGUGUUAUAUUUCAUAUUAUGGUAAUGCUGAACAAAACACUGCAACAUUAUCAAAAGAAGAAGAGUUGGAAAUAGAGGAUCAACUUAAGCAAUUGAACAAACCAGCAGUCAAGACCAUCCAAGUAAUAUUAAUUUUUAGCGAUGGAGUUAUUUAUAAUUGUGUUGAUUUCUUUAAGCAACCGGCAUUUGACCAUCCUUUGUUGAAGAACCACAAUUUUCACUAUAAGCAUGCUGUGCUUCGAACAAAGCCUGGAAAAAGAUACAAUGGAGGAGGAGUGAUCAUGAGUUUACACAAUUUAUCUACUAUCGUAAGACCUCAAUAUAGUGCUUCUCAAAUGACUAUUAAAAAUGGACUUGAUACCAUACAAGUUGGAUGGAUGGUAAACCCUAGUUUGUACGGCGACAGUAAAACUCGCCUCUUCACAUUUUUUCAAGCUGGUGGAAGAUCUUGUUUCAACACACAUUGUCCUGGUUUUGUUAUUGUUAACACUGAGAUACCACUUGACUUUGUCUUUAAUUCACUUUCUCAACGUGGUGAAAGACCAUUCAUUACACGUCUCUUUGUUUAUCGGGAUGCAGCAAAUGGAAAUUGGUGGCUUCUACUUGGAAACUCAGGGACUGAGAUUGGUUUUUGGCCAGGAAGAAUAUUUAGUAGUCUAAAUAGUGGAUUGGGUAACUAUGUGGAAUGGGGUGGAGAGGCUUAUAGUCCAUUAGGGCAACCUAAGAAUAAAAAUACUCCAAUGGGCAAUGGCUUUCGUCCAAAAGGAGACACAACAUUGGAUGCAUUUAUGGAGCAAAUCACAACCAUUGAUGAAUCUCAUAAGCAAGUCAUUGCUACAAAUACUGAGGUUUUCUCUGAUAAUAAAAGCUUAUAUGAUGUUAGGGAUUGGGGACUUGAAGGCACCCAUGGCCAUAUGAUAUCUUUUGGAGGCCCUUUUAUCUCAGCUGCUCGUUGA